AUGGAUGACUUACGCGAUACCGCCAUGGGAGAAGUAGCUGAUGGCCAGGAAGCACCCUUUGGAUUGACUACUGGCGAGUGGAAAUUUUACCAAUUUGUUCGCAAUUCUCCAAAGGGUGUCAAAUUCACAGAUCGUCCUAAUGAUAUGGAUGUGCAAGAAUCAUAUUUGGCCAUGAACUCGUUACUGAAAAAGAAUACCUUGGAAGUGAUUUCAUUAAACGGCGAAAACAUGCUGAAAGCAAUUGAUUUGAGAGAUGCUGAAAAGGCAAGCAAACUGAACGACGAUGCUCGUCUUGUGUACAAUACCAUUCGAUCUGCCGGCAACAAUGGCAUCUGGACCAAAGAUUUAAAGAAAAAGACCAAUCUUCAUACCAUUGUAUUGAAUCGCACUCUCAAGUCUCUGGAACAGAAGCAGGAAAUCAAGGCAGUCAAACAUGUCAAAUAUCCAACUCGUAAAAUCUACAUGCUCUUUAGUCUGUCGCCAUCAAGCGAGGUUACGGGUGGCGCAUGGUAUACCGAUCAAGAAUUAGAUACUGAUUUCAUUGACAGCUUGAAAGCUGCUUGCCUAAAGUAUAUUAUGUCGAGAAGUUUUCCCCGAGUGGAGGGUGUCAAUGAUGCUGUCUUUGGUGCUGAUCAUGAACACUAUCCUACAGCAACAGAGGUGCGACGUUUCAUCACAGAAUCCCGUAUUUCGUCCAUUGAUUUGUCUGUAAAAGAUAUCACCAGUUUGCUGGAUGUGUUGGUCUAUGAUGGAGUCGUGGAGAAAAAACUUCCUUUCAUGGCAGGCAUGGAAGAUUUCAGUGAUGAUGAGGAUGAAGGAGAUGAAGGAGUGCAAUGGUCCUACAAGGCUAUUAGAAAGGUGGCCAGCCGCCUACCUACAGAAGCUCUCACCGAGAUUCCUUGUGGCAAAUGUCCUGUUUUCUCAUUUUGUAUCGAGGAUGGCCCUAUUUCGCCCAUGAAUUGUGAGUAUUUCAAGACUUGGUUGGAUUGGUAG